AUGACCCCACAUCACCACUACAUUGGCAACUAUACCCCAAAACGCAUGCCAAUUCAACUGGCAGAUUCUACUAUGGUCUAUUCAGCUGGGGUGGUGUCAGUGGUCUUUAAUCCUAUGUCUGUGGGCGAGGUAAAGAGUCUUAGAGCGGUCGAGUUCACUCGAGUCUUGCAUGUACCUGAUCUUUGUAACAAUCUCCUCUUAGUCCUGUAUUUAACUCGAAACUGCGGCUUCCUAUCCUCUUCUCACAUGACCUUCUGUCGACCUAAGGGUUCUCCCCUCUUCUACACCUCUAUCAACUCCAACAAUGCUGCAUUUCUGGACGGCAUCACCUCUCCUAUGACCGAGUUCGCUUCCCCAGCCUCUACAUGUCCUAUGGACAUCGCCCUCUGGCAUAGACGACUAGUGCAUCACCACAAAGCUGGUGUCAGGACGCUCAUUGACUGUAAUCUGGUCACUGGACUUAGGCUGGACUCAAGGGCAUCACCAGACCCUAUCUGCGAGCCUUGCCUUGCUGGUAAGAUGCAUACCAACCCCUUCCCUCCUAGCAAGUGGAGGGCGAGCCGUCCUUUGGAGCUUGUUCACACUGAUUCGGACAUCUUUGAGGCGUUCAAGACGUUCAAGGCUUAUGCUGAGAACCAGUCUGAGCGAAAACUCAAGACUCUGAGGGACGACUGUUAA